GUACGUGGGCAAAGACUACUCUGCUGCUCAAGAAUUAAUGGAAGAUGAGAUGAAGGAGUACUACAGUAAGAAUUCUAAGGUCACCCCAGUACAGACUGUGCAGGUUGGCCAGCUGCUGGCUGUAAAUGCUGAAGAGGAUGCUUGGUUACGAGCACAAGUCAUUUCAACAGAAGAGGGCAAGAUAAAGGUGUGCUAUGUUGACUACGGUUUUAGUGAAAAUGUUGAAAAGAGCAAAGCAUACAGAUUGAACCCGAAGUUCUGUUCACUCUCAUUCCAAGCUACAAAGUGUAAGCUCGCAGGGUUGGAAGUUCUAAGUGAUGAUCCUGACUUAGUGAAAGUGGUGGAAUCUUUAACUUGUGGGAAGAUCUUUGCAGUGGAAAUACUUGAAAAAACUGAUAUUCCACUGGUUGUUCUGUAUGAUACCUCAGGAGAAGAUGACAUCAACAUCAAUGCCACGUGCUUAAAGGCCAUAUGUGACAAGUCACUAGAGGUUCACCUUCAGGUCGAUGCCAUGUACACCAAUGUCAGAGUGACUAAUAUCUGCUCCGACGGCACACUCUACUGCCAGGUGCCUUGUAAGGGUCUGAACAAGCUCAAUGACCUUCUGCAUAAGAUAGAGGAGUACUUCCACUGUAAGCACAUGACCUCUGAGGCCUUCGUUUCGUUGCCCUUCUGUGGGAAAGUCUGCCUCUUCCACUGCAAAGGAAAAUGGCUACGAGUAGAGAUCACAAAUGUGCACAGCAGCCGGGCCCUUGACGUGCAGUUCCUGGACGCCGGCACCGUCACGUCUGUGAAAGUGUCCGAGCUCAGGGAGAUCCCCCCGCGGUUUCUCCAAGAGAUGAUCUCAGUGCCGCCCCAGGCUAUCAAGUGCUGUUUAGCAGAUCUUCCACAAUCUAUUGGCAUGUGGACCCCUGAUGCUGUGCUUUGGCUAAGAGAUUCUGUUUUGAAUUGCUCAGACUGUAGCAUUAAGGUUACAAAAGUGGAUGAAACCAGAGGUAUCGCACAUAUUUAUUUAUUCACCCCCAAGAACUUCCCCGAUCCUCACCGCAGUAUCAAUCGCCAGAUUACAAAUGCAGAUUUGUGGAAACAUCAGAAGGAUGUGUUUCUGAGUGCCAUAUCCAGUGGAGCCAGCUCCCCCAACACCAAAAGUGCGAACACACCCAUUUUGGGCAACCCUGGAGAGAAUUUCAGAAAGAGCCUUACGGAUGUCCUCAAGAAGUCUGUGGUCAGCCACCCCAGCUCUUUCUUUACAAAGGAACUGCCACCUCCCGUCCACUUAUCCAAGCCAGGGGAGCACAUGGACGUGUACGUGCCUGUGGCCUGUCACCCCGGCUACUUUGUCAUCCAGCCGUGGCAGGAGAUACACAAGCUGGAAGUUCUGAUGGAAGAGAUGAUUCUCUAUUACAGCGUGUCUGAGGAGCGCCACGUGGCCGUGGAGAAAGACCAAGUGUAUGCUGCCAAAGUGGAGAAUAAGUGGCACAGGGUGCUCUUAAAAGGAAUCCUCACCAAUGGACUGGUGUCCGUGUACGAGCUGGACUAUGGCAAGCAUGAGCUAGUCAGCAUGAGGAAAGUGCAGCCGCUGGCAGACAUGUUCCGCAAGCUGCCGUUCCAAGCCGUCACUGCGCAGUUAGCAGGAGUGAAGUGUAACCAGUGGUCUGAGGAGGCUUCGAUGGUGUUUCGAAAUCAUGUGGAGAAGAGACCUCUGGUGGCACUGGUGCAGACAGUUAUGGAAAACACUAACCCUUGGGACCGGAAAGUAGUGGUCUAUUUAGUGGACACAUCGUUGCCAGACACAGAUAUCUGGAUUCAUGAUUUUAUGUCAGAGUAUCUGGUAGAGCUUUCAAAGGUCAAUUAAUCACUGAUUCUGAGACCUUGACAACUAAUUCAGAUUUUUUAGCAAUAACAAAAAUGUAGUAGGCUUUUAAAAAAAUUACCUCUGCUACAUGGCUUUCACUGCUGUGGGAAGUUGAAAAGAAUAUGCUUAUUUUUUUUUUUAAGCUUAUGUUUGAUGAAAGAUAUUUAACAAGUUUUGUUUUAACGGAGUUGACUUUUCAAAGAGAAUUGCACUUGAAUUACUACUAUAAUAUUAGAAUUAAAAUGUUUAUCAAUACAAAAA